AUGGAUUCAGCAGCUCUGGUUGAGGAACAGACCAGAAGAAGGUCAGAGAAAGAGAUUUUGUGCCUCUUUGAGAUGGCACCACAAGACAACGUUAACUUGCAGAGCCCAAGUUUCUGGAUGGUGUUGAUAGUGACAUCACUCAGAAUGGCUCGUCCUCUUCCUCUGAUCGUUCUUCUCAUGAUUCACGGGGUUUCUAGUGAUGAUUGGGGUGUGAGUUACAGUCCUUCACACAUCUGUGCACUAAACGACUCAACAGUGAUAAUGACAUGCACUUAUACAUACCCUACUGGACAUCAGAUCACGAAAGUGUUCUGGACCAAUGAGCCUGCAAGGGGUGAUGAGUGUCCAGAUCUGUCUAAUGACCCUGAAUACAGUCAGAGGCUUCAGUAUCUGGGAGAUAAACAGCAGAACUGCAACGUCAGACUGAGUCAUGUGACACUGAAGGAUUCACACAUGUACUCUUUCAGAUUCAUCACUGAUAAACCUUAUGGAAAAUGGACUGGUAAUCCAGGAGUGACUCUUACUGUCACAGAUCUUCAGGUGGAGUCUCCUGAGAGAGUGACAGAGGGAGAUUCAGUCAGUCUGACAUGUAAAAGCAGCUGCGCUCUGACUGACAGAGCAACAUUCAUCUGGUACAGAAACUCACAGCCAUUAACUGAGAGAAGAAGAGACAGAAACAAUGAACUCCUGCUGCAGUCAGUCAGAAGAGAGGAUUCAGGCAGAUAUAGCUGUGCUGUAGACGGACAUACUCCUGUCUCUCCUGAUGUUCAGCUCAAUGUCAUGUACCCCCCCAGGAGUGUCUCAGUGUCCAUCAGUCCAUCUGGUGUAAUAGUGGAGGGAGAUUCAGUGACUCUGAACUGCAUCAGUGACUCAAACCCUCCUGCAGAAAUCCGCUGGUUUAAAGGAGGAACGAUUGUAGGAUCUGGAAGAAUCUACAGCAUCUCAAAGAUCAGCUCUGAUGACAGUGGAGAAUACAAGUGCAAGUCCAUCAAUAAACAUGGAGAGAAAUACUCUGAUGCUGUGACUUUAAACAUCAUGUAUGCACCCAGGAGUGUCUCAGUGUCCAUCAGUCCAUCUGGUGUAAUAGUGGAGGGAGAUUCAGUGACUCUGAACUGCAUCAGUGACUCAAACCCUCCUGAAGAAAUCCACUGGUUUAAAGGAGGAACGAUUGUAAGAUCUGGAAGAAUCUACAGCAUCUCAAAGAUCAGCUCUGAUGACAGUGGAGAAUACAAGUGCAAGUCCAUCAAUGAACAUGGAGAGAAAUACUCUAAUGCUGUGACUUUAAAUGUCAUGUACCGUCCCAGGAGCGUCUCAGUGUUGAUGCGUGGAUCUGGUGUAAUAGUGGAGGGAGAUUCAGUGACUCUGAACUGCAUCAGUGACUCAAACCCUCCUGCUCUGCACUUCAGCUGGUUUAAGGAGAAUGAAACCUCAGCUGUUGGAUCUGGACAGAGUUUCAGUGCACUACAGAGUGGACGCUUCUACUGUCAGGCUCACAAUCAACAUGGAUCUCAGAGAUCAGACGCUGUAACUGUCACUGUCAAAGUUGCAGGACGUCUGGUGAUAUUAUACAUAUCCAUUGGAGGGGUUUGUGGAGCUGCAGUGAUCAUUACGAUGUUAGUGAUUUGGUAA